CCCAAAGCUACAGAAGAGCUCCAUCAGUGACGGUAACUUCUGAUGUGCUGAAGCUGAUUUGAGCUCCGGCUGAUGGACUCGUGAAGAGUUCUGAGUGGUGAAGGAAGUGUAUGUGUUGGAAUAUGUAGAGUGAUGACUGCACUGCUGACAGUAAUAGUCUGUACCCUGAUGUGAUGUGGAAGUUGUGUCUACCCACGUUUACCCUGCAAGCAAGAACCCAGAUUAGGUAGUGCUACACUUUCGGGAAACAUUAUCACCACCGUUUAUGAAGAAGUUAAAGAAGCCUUGUGAGAAGAAGCCGUAGGAUGAAGUCUGAGAGUGUGAAGACGGAGGACGUGUACCAGACGCUCCACCAUCCUCCUUCAGUGAAGAACCCAAACCCAACACACGGAUCACCACAGAGCAUCAGGCUAAUCAUGAUACUGCUGAUCUUCAACACUCUGUUACUGAUCAUUAUGCUGAUACUGUUCGGGCUCUUCAUUUCAAAAGACCAACAAAUUGCUGAAGUGAGUGGAUCACAAACCUCUGGCGAGGAAGCCAACAAACCAAGGAACAUCACAGGGUUGGUAUUGGAUGCGAAUAAAGAGGCGUGGCUUCACCAUGAUAAUUCCUUCUACUUCAUCUGGGAGGCGGAAGGGAACUGCACUGAAGCAGUGACGUUCUGCAAAGCAAAAGGAUCCAAAAUCAGACUCGCUGUUCUAACACAGAGGAACCAGGACUGGCUGAUAACUCAGGCUAAAGGGAGGAGGCUGCUGGUUGCAGAGGAUGAAUGUUUGACUGGCUGUAAACUGAUUGGUGAUCCGAAGCUCUUGGAGACGCCUUCCAUCCCCGGAGAAGAGCAGGGCUGGGUGUGUGAGCACGGGCUGUGGGGGCCUUCAGUACGUGGACCACCUGGAUUUCCUGGAGCACGUGGGCUGCCUGGACCACCUGGACCACCUGGACCACGUGGACCACCUGGACCAAGUGCAGCUCCACCUUUGCCUUCUGUUUAUGUUGACAAAAGCACGUUAAAAAUGACAAAACAGGACUGUGUGUUAGUGAAACCACUCUCACAAGAGGAACUGGAGACCAGCAGGAUGGAGAUGUCUGAGUGUGUGAAGACGGAGGACGUGUACCAGACACUCCAGUAUCCUCCUUCAGUGAAGAACCCAAACCCAACACAUGGAUCACAGUGGAGCAGCAGGCUAAUGAUGAUCCUGCUGAUCUUCAACACUCUGUUCCUGGUCAUUAUACUGAUACUGAUCGGGCUCUUCAGGCCGGUAUUGGAUGAGAAAAAGGAGGCGUGGCUUCUCUAUGAUGAGUCAUUCUACUUGAUCUGGGAGGCAGAGGGGAAAUGCACUGAUGCAGCGAAGUUCUGCAGAGCAAGAGGAUCCAACAUCAGACUCGCUGUUCUAACACAGAGGAACCGGGACUGGCUGGUAACUCAGGCUAAGAAGAAGAAACUGCUGGUAGCCGAGGAUGACAGUUUUUCCAGGUGUAAACUGGUCGGUGAUCCGGUGCGCUUGGAGACGCCUUUCAUCCCUGGAGAAGAGCAAGGCUGGGUGUGUGAGCAUUACCACAGACAAGAGGGGGGUAAUUUACAAGGACCACCGGGACCGCCGGGACCACCUGGACCACAUGGACUACCUGGACUACAAGGAUCACCUGGACGUAAUGGACUACCUGGACUACCUGGAGAACGAGGACCACCUGGACCGUUGGGACCAAUUGGACCACCUGGAUUUCCUGGACCACCUGGACCAUCUAGAAUAUAA